GGCAGAGCAAGAGAGAGAAGCAGCUCCUUUACUCUGAGAAAGCAGCCAGCUGAUCACACAAGAGGCAGAAUGAAAGCCUUCCUCCUCACCAUUGCUGCAGUGCAGAUUCUCCACUGCUCAGGAAUACCGAGGCCUAAGGAUGCUCUGAGAGCGUCUGUUAUAAAACUGAACCAAAUCACCGAGACCAGCAAUCUGUGUGGGAUAACCAGGAGAAGGGUGAAGGAUAUUCAUCGCACAGGAAAAUUGUCGUACAAUGUGGAUUUAACAUUCUCUGUGAAAGAAACUGUCUGCUCCAAGAAUUCUGGACUGGAAUUUGAUGAUCCCAGCUGCAAUUUCCGUCCCAGAAAGGCUGCUGAGAAAGGCUUUUGCAAAAGUCGCAUUGAAUAUUAUGCUGAUGAGGUUAUUAACGUUGAUGUGGAGUGUCAAGGACUGAAGACAUUUGACAGGAAAAGUGGAUCAUUUGAGUCAAGUGAAAAUAGUGUUGAGGUCAAAACUAACUCAAAAGGCAAAGAGAUGAAGAAAUCAUCAAAAGUAAAAAACAAGUCAACAGAAACAUCACUUGAGGACUCUCUGGAUGUGGAAAGCAAGUCUACAGAAAUGUCACGAGAGGAUUCCCUAAAUGUGGAUAGCAAAUCAACAGAGAUAUCAUUUGAAAUGUCUUCAAACGAACACCAUGAUGAUUCAAGAGCCCGACACUAACCAGGAAUGAAACUUCGGAAAAGUCAAACUUGACGUGAACACAACACCUCAUUCUGAUUAAAGAAGAUGAAUCAUUGUACUUGAACAUUUAUAAAAGUGAUGGGACCUGUGGUUCCUGACUGUAUAUUUUACUAUAACUGGAAAAUUCUAUAGUUUGUAAAUGUUCUGUUCUUCAUUGUAUGUUGUUGCCUUGUACUUUGUAGAUCACAUUAAACAUGU